GAGAAGUUUAAAUAUCAUGUACAUGAGAAACUUACGACAAGGGCACACUGUUUCGGUUUGUGUAGUGAUAUGCGCUACAGGUGUAGACCUCCGAAAAUACACAUUCUUACAUCCUAUGUUGCAACAUAAUUCGGAACAAGUGUCUAAUUCCCUCACUCUCAUGUGAAAUAUGUUUCGGAACCUGUGUUUGACUGUGCGCGGGACUCGUUCUUUUGCGCUAUUUAGCCGUGUUCAAAAUGGAAACAACCCCGGUAAAAGUACAGACUUGGAAAACAGAUUAAAAGAGAUUUUACGACAGCAGUUUCCAAAGGCGAAAAGUAUUGAUGUAGUUGAUAUUUCGGGUGGUUGUGGAGCAAUGUUUGAAAUUUCUGUGGAGGCUCCAGAGUUUAAAGGUCUUAAUACAGUCAAACAGCAUCGCUUAGUAAACAAUGCCCUCAAGGAACAAAUUAAGGAAAUGCAUGGAUUGAGAAUUCAUACAUCAGUCCCAUCUUAGUGAGUGCAAAGCAAAUAUAUGAGAAAUGUGACUGCAAUAUUUUGACUGCAGAGGAUGUUUUAUCUGUGAUUUUUUUGUUGUUGACAGGUUGUGUGAUUGGAUGUUUUAUCCUAACAUUGUUAUGUAAAUAAACUUAUUGUCACACUUUUUAGUUA